UUUAGAGUUUCUGUACCUUGGAGGGAACUUCAUCACUUCAAUUCCACCUGAAUUAGCAAACCUGCCUUCUCUAAGCUAUCUAGUUCUGUGUGACAACAAGAUCCAGAGCAUUCCACCUCAGCUGGCACAGCUGCAUUCCCUGCGUUCCCUUAGCCUGCACAAUAACCUGCUGACUUACCUUCCUCGAGAGAUCCUUAACCUGGUUCACCUGGAGGAGCUGAGCUUGCGUGGGAACCCACUGGUGGUUCGCUUUGUCCGUGACCUGACCUACAACCCCCCAAGCCUUCAGGAACUGUCUGGGCGCACUAUUAAAACUCGCAAUGUUCCCUAUGCUCCCAGCGACCUCCCAGAGAAUCUUGUCCGGUACCUGAGCCUGGCCACCAAUUGUCCCAAUCCUAAAUGCGGGGGCGUCUACUUCGACAGCUGUGUCAGACAGAUCAAGUUUGUUGACUUCUGUGGGAAGUAUCGGCUCCCGCUGAUGCACUACCUGUGCUCCCCAGAGUGCUCCUCACCCUGCAGCUCUGCCUCCCAGAGCUCUACUUCCCAGAGUGAGUCUGACUCCGAGGAUGAAGCCAGCGUCGCUGCACGCAGGAUGCAGAAAGUCCUCCUGGGAUAA